AUGGCUACUGAUCAGUUCCCAUCUCUCGAGCCAGCAUUCACAGUGCGUCUAUACCCUGGGAAAGAUUAUAACAUAGGAGGCAUCCUCAACGGUGAAAUGCUAAGCGCUUUUCCAGUUACAUCUGGUAAAGUCACUAGCGAGCCCGGAUUUGAAAUCCCGCUUGACGCUGAGGUAGUCAUGGGGUCGGAUAUGGCACGUACCGCGCCAACACAAACUCACACGCACAUAGAUGUGAGUGCGAUUCUGAGGCAAGUAUCAAUGGAGAUCUUUCAGGCACGCUUCGUGCCAUUAAUCUGUUUGCCUGAUAGAAAUAAUGAUGGUGCCCUGCUGAGCUACAAGUACACGGGGCUGGUUGAGGUGGACGAGGCAUUGGUCGCCAUUCUGACCGGAGAUCCAAAAGCCAAAUCGACAUCCUUUGGCAAGGCACUGUCCCACGUUACUUUUGAGACCGGAUCGGAGUCCCUGAAGGAACUGGGAAUGAGUCUGUUUGUGGGCAGUGCUAGAUUUGUCAUCGAGGACGGAGUCUUCUCAAUUGAAACCAAGUUCCGACCAGCUCCUGUCUUGGAGCCGGAUGAAAUUGAAACCUGGCGCCUUGUAUGCUUGAGAAUCUUUGAGGCGCUCAGCGUCGGUGUCCUUCUUGUUCAUAUCUGGUUCUGCAUCCUUGUGCCGGCUUUCCCGUACUUGAAGCAAUUCAAGACAACGGAUAAAGGGCCAGAAUUUACUCUCGACGGCCGGCACAUUAUUGGCGGCUUGGUAGCUCUCUGCGCCGACGGAUUCCUGAACUGCUAUCAGUACAUCUUCAUGUGGAAUUCCUAUAGCAUUAAUAUUGGGGUCUGGGCCAAGUUCUUGCCCUUUCACAACCAUGCAUCAUCUAGCAGAUAUGCCGAGAGCCUUCUUUGGGGACCUCCCAUGUACGUAUACUUUUGUGCUGGCUUUGGAAUAGUGGGUUCCAAGAUGGCAAUGCCACUCAGAGUUCGAUUUCCACAACUGAGCAACGCCGGUAUUCUCAUGAUUGUCUGGUGCAUCGAGUUCGUACUGGAUUUUAUCAUUGAGAACUUGGCUAUCCGCAUCACUCAUGGAUAUGGGUUUGCCAAAACAUACCGACCCCUGACCCUUUUCCCGGAAAAGAUUUAUCAGUUCCCAAUCUACGAGUCCAUCUUUAUCGCAAGUCUUGGUUCCUGGGCCUAG